GUCAUACCAACCCGGGCAGCAUACAAGGAAUCAAAGUUGACAGGCCAGGGAGACGGCUCCGCGUCCUGUCAGAGAUUCCACCCGUCGUUUGGUACGAACCGAACCUCCGGCCCUUCAGCAUGGGAAAGGGGAUCAAGAGAAGUAGCAGGGAAAAGCAGUGGGGACAAAAGAGGGGGGCUUCGUUAUUGUCGAAGCCAGGUCGAGUCUAGUCUAGAGACUGAAGAGUCAAGAGGGUGAGAUUUGGUAUUUGACGGUGUAGCCCUGUCUACAAGAUUCUCUAAUAUACCGCUGCCCCCUCCGAUCACUGCACUCAUUUCAGACAGAGACCCGACUAAGUUCCGUUCUGGAUGUACUGGAAAAGCACUCCAAGGUCACGCAUACCUCUUCUAAGUCUUCCCCGGUCCAGUAAACGACACUAGUUCUCGCAGACUGCUAGCACGCUGGAGGGACGUCUUCCACGGCUAGCCUUCUUCCCUUACCUACUUCCCCCUUCCACCUCCACCACCUAUUCGCCUUAAAGCCCUUCCAAUGGUAGUCCUACUCGUCCCAAAGCUCAUCAGGAUCGACGCGUUCGAGCGCAUGCAUCCGGAGCUCAAGGAACGAGGCGUCAUCGCGCUGUUCCCGACGCUGUUCGAGCACGACCGCGAGGCCAAGACCAAGUGGCUCGAAAGCGUACUCGUGGAUAAAGCUGCUACUACUACUACUGCUACUACAAAUACCGUGGGAGCUAAGGCCGCUAACGGGAGUUCUGACGGCAUCUCUGACGGAACCAUUGGCGAGACCCCUAACGGGACUUCUAACGGGACUUCUAAUGGGACCUCUAACGGGACCUCCUCUAACGGGAGUUCCGCGUGCCUGGCGGAGCACAUCACCUUCUGCGUCAGCGGCGACGGGGUGAUUAUAAUGAAGUCCGCGGAGGCUGCGCAGGAUCUGGAGAAGCGGAGCCCCUUAUAUCGGGACGGCGACGAGAUCGAGUUUCAUCUAUGGUCCCCGACGAUGCGCAUUCGGUUGCAGUACCGCGGCGCGUAUAAUCAAAUCAUGGAGCUCGAGGAACAACAGUACUGAUUCUCGUUAGGAGCUUACGAAGCUCCCGUUAGGAGAGUCUACACCCAGGUUUGUAUUCUGGCUGUACGCUUUACUAGACGAGGGCUUAUAAGGAGAAUUAGUCGCUUAUUGGGACUUCUUAUUCUGGUCUAUUAGCUUUGCUCGGGGUGAAGGGGCGGUGCGAUGGGAAGGGUGCGAUGAGAAAGCUGGUGGGGGAGGAAUUAGGCUGAGAAUGGCAGCAGUUGAGCAUUACUUGUAGGUGGAGGAAUGGGUGUGUAGGAGGUGAACGAAAGAGCCCGUUACUUGUAACGAUAUGCCCAUUUUGAAUGUUGGUUGGAAGCAUGAAUAAUUAUUUUAACGUUCUACAGGGAUGAAAGCCGAGGGAGCCCUCGUGCUCAUCAACUUGUCCAGGAGUCUCAGCUCAGUUCCACCCUGACCGACCACCAUCACAUUUUGUCUGUCUCGUUCUGGCGUGUUCCUAUGGCACCUUAUCAGGCCGGCCUAUCAUCACACGCGUAUCCUGAAGACGAAUUCAGAUGGACCAUGCCUUGAAACAUCACAUGGACUGUGCUCGUGGGUAUUUUCCUUCCUGAGUGGUAGUGCAUCGCAGAAGCCGGACCAGCCUCUAUAUAGUACCCUCGCCAUCCGAUCCGAGGCUGAUCGUGCAUGUUCCCAACAGGCCUCGAUAUAGGAUCUGAGGUACUCAUUAUCAUCAGCCCAGCCCCCUGAAAGUACUUUUUCCUGUAAGCCAAGAAAUUUUGCCCAGGCUU